AUGGCGAGCUGGAAUCUGCUCGACGAGCGAAGCGAGACUGAGCUUCACAAGGCGCGUCUUCUUAACGUAGAAGAAAAGCCGUUCAAGAGAAUCACAAAACGACUGGGCGCGGUUUCAUCAAUAGUAGCAAAAAUUACCGACAACGAAGACCAAUCAGCGGCGGUGGCAAGCAAUACACAACAACUCCAGGAAGACUUGACCCUCGACUUUGCCGCUUUUGACAGCAGCAUUGCACGACUACAAUUUCUCCACGACGCCAACGAGCGGGAGAGAGCACGAUACGACGACGACAAGCAAAGAAUACUGGGCGAGUGCCAGGCCGUGCGCGAAAAGAAUGCCGAGCUCCGGGAUCAGCUCGAGGGCGCGCGGGAGACGCUCGCGCAGCGGAAGCAGUUUGACGAGCUGGCGGACAGAAUCACGUCCAACCGGCUGCUGCGCCCGCGCGAGGACCAGCUCGCCAACCUCGCCAAGCUCGAGGAGGAGUGCCGCGAGCUGGAGCGCGAGAGCGAGACGUACACCGAGACCUGGCGGGAGCGCCGCGACCAGUUCAACAGGAUCAUGGACGAGGGCAUGCUGCUGCGGCGGCAGAUUCGCGACGAAAAGGAAGAGGUCGACAGGCGCGAGGGCAUGAACGAGGGCACAGACGAGUACGCGGCGCCGACGCCGCGACCGGAGCUAAACGGCAGCGCCACGCCGCUGCCCGACGGCGACGCUCCUCCCCCGCCAAAGGACGACGACGGCGGCGAGGGUGCCAAGACGGCGGAGGAGGAGGAUGGCUCUGCGCCUACGCCUGCGGGAGAUCACUUGCAAAUCCCGGGCGUGGCUAGCGGCCGGGCGUCCAAGAAUGCGAGCGUGGCGGCGACCCCAAAGCCCGAACAGGAAGAAAUUGACCGCGAGGAUGACGAGGACGACGGCGAGGUAUCUGGUGAAGAUGUGGAAAUGGAAGGGCACGAGUCAGGGAACUCGCCAGAGGCGGAGACUGAAAAGAUGGAGGUUGAUGAGUAG